AUGUCAUCUAAUUCAAAAUCAUCUGAGUAUAAUAGUCAAACAAAUAAAACUUUAUCUCAAUUUGAUCGUGGUCCUUUACAAAUUCUAAAUUAUUUGUCGACAUUAACAAAGUCAGAAGUAACACAUAUUCAAUUACUUUGUUUUGCUUUACUUGAAAUACUCUCAUUAAAUUUAACGAAUAAUGAUCCAAUCAAAUCUCAUCUUUUAUUUCAAUUACUACUUGAUUUUCUUGCAAAGAGUAAAAUACUUCCAGCAUCAAUGAGUUUAUCAACUAAGCCAAUUCGACAUUUAAAACUUUUUCAAGAUUAUGUACGUAAUUUGCAAGAGAGUAUUCAUACAGCACUAAGUCUUAUUCAAAGAUACUCAACCUCAUCAGAUAGAUCGACUAUUACUAAUCUUUUGGGAAAAGAUUUUGAAAAAACUUUAAUUUCACCACCACCACCAACACUACCAUCACCAAAUAUUAGUAUUGAUAUUCCUCAGCAAGAUAUUCAAUUAAAAAUGCUAUUACCUUUAGCCAUGAAAGAAACUACGGCAACAAAUAGUUUUGAUAAUAAUGUCGUUAUUUUUCGUUAUGUUCGAGAUUUUUAUGAAAUUGAUAAACUAGGCAAAGGGGCCUUUGGUUCUGUAUUUCGUGCAAGAAAUCGUUUAGAUGAUCGCAGCUAUGCUGUUAAAAAAAUUGUUUUCAAUGAAAAUACAAAUCGUACUCGACGUCAAGCGCAACGUGCUUUACGUGAAGUACGAGUUCUUGCAUCAUUAAGUCAUCCAAAUAUAGUUCAAUAUCAUUGUGCUUGGCUCGAAUUAGUACCUAUUGGAACUCGUACAUGUCGAACAUCAUCAUCAUCAUCAUCACCACCACCACGAAUAAAAAAACCUGUUUCUCAAGUUAAACAAUUUGAUUCUCUUGAUGAAUUAAUUGAAUUUGAAGGACAAUCUUCAUCAUCACCAGCAAAUGAAAAGCAAAAGGAAGAAGUAAGAUCACCACAAAAAAGUUCAACAACAUCAACAGAUUAUGACGAGGAUGAAAAUGAGAUUUCAGCAUUCGGAAUCAAUGGCAACCAUUCCGAUAUACAAAUUCAACAUGAAUAUCACUCAGAUGGUGGUAAUCAUUCAUUAUCUUCUUCAAAAGUUUCUGUUGAACAUAUAAAAUCUCAUUAUGAAACAUCAUCAAAUGAAAAACUCUCAAAUAAAGAACUAGUUCCACUUCAUACACGAAAUCAAUAUAUUCAUCCAAUAGCUCAGUCAAAUUAUAUGAAUUCUAAAAUAGUACUUUUUAUUCAAAUGCAAUUAUGUGAUUCAACAUUACAUGAUUGGUUACGUGCACGUGAUCAUGCAAUUAUUGAAGAAACACCCAAUAAAAUGAAGAAUAUGUUUUAUUCAUUAAAUGAUUUAGGUCAACGUCAAUGUUGGCAUAUUUUUAAACAACUUUUAACUGCUGUUCAAUAUCUUCAUUCACAAUCAUUUGUUCAUCGUGAUAUAAAACCGCGAAAUAUUUUUCUUGCCUAUGAUUCAAAAGAUAGUUCAUCGGUGCAUGUUAAAUUAGGAGAUUUCGGUUUAGCUACUUUACUUGAUUCAGAGUCUACGUCUGAUUCAUCUGAACAAUUAAAAAGUGCCGAGUCAACUGGUGUUGGCACUGCUUUAUAUGCUCCACCUGAACAACUUAAUUCAAAUCAUUGUAUUGCAACAGCUAAAUCAGAUUCAUACAGUUUAGGAAUUGUUCUUUUUGAAUUAUUUAAUAUAUUUCCAACUGAAAUGGGACGAUAUUAUUGUUUAAGUGAUUUACGUAUACAUACAAAAGUUGAAGACCAAUUUUCAAAAUAUUAUCCAUUUGAAACAUAUAUAAUUGAACAAUUAGUAUCACUUGAAAGCGAUAAACGACCAAGUAUUGAACAAAUAUUAACGAUGUAUGCAAACGAAAUCCAGCAAAGAAUAAAAAAAAAACAAUAUAAUACAAAACAAAUGAUUAUUGAACAGUUUCAAGAAAAAUUACGUGAUAAAGAUAGGAGAAUUCAACAAUUAGAAUUGGAAUUAAAAAAGAAUAAAUCAUAG